AUGCGCUGCCUUUGGAUCUUGUCCGCCCUCGCCUUAGUCGGCAAGGCCACCGCUCAAGAUACAACCGACGAGGACUCUCGAAUCCGCGUCCUCAAAACCUACGACUCAUCAAUCUUCUCCGGCGCAAGUCUAGAAGCAAACAACCACACCCUCGAAUCCCUCCUCGUCCUCCCGGACAUCGUAGCCUUCUGGCCGAAUACAAAAGCAACCCUCAUCGCCCCCGUCAAGCGCCAAGUCGCAGUCGACCCGAGCGCGGCAUCAGCGCACGCAGUUCACUGGGCCACGGGUGUCGAUAAACUCCACGAACAAGCGUCGAUACCGAACGACAUUGUGCUGGGUCCCGGAGAGGAGAGGAGGGCAGAGUUUGUCUUUGAGGUGCCUGAAGGUGUCAACCAGACAGCGCUCCCAGCGUAUGGUAGCCGCGUUCUUGUCAAGGGCAGCAAAGGGGAGACUGUCGGCGUUCCGUACCAAGGACUUGCUUUCGACUUGCAGAAGCAGAUGGAGAGCCCUUUCCAUGGGACCUACCCGUGGUUGAGGUCGACGAGCACCUUCAGUUUCGAACUCGCCAGCGGUAUACAGGACUUCCCCAUGAUGUUCAUGAAGGUCAAAUGGGGGACAAGAGAGGUUCGGUGGGAUAUCUACGAAUCCGACUAUGAAGAGGCCCGAGACUGGGAAUACCCUCCCGUGCCUGGAAGACAAGGCUUCAUUGGCUCGGCCACGUCCUGGACAUCUGCUGGCAAGACGUCAAGCUUCCACCCUGCUCGUCACAACGCCAGCGACAUUUUCUCAUUCCCAGAGACUGAUUUUGGCAAGUUGAGUGACGGGAGUGUUAUGACACCGGGGAACUACACCAUGAGGUUUGCGGUUCUUCUACCCUUUGCUGAUCCUCAGAUAAGUGAGAGCUGGAAGGGUCUGACGGCCAAGUUCACGGUGUUGCCGAAAGCCGGGAACAGCAAGAUCAGCAGAAGGUGGUACUGAUGAAAGCUAGUUAUUCUCUGUAAGAACGUUGUAGGUAACUAAGGUAAAUAAGUUGGAGCCCCUGUAGAUGC